GGCAGAAUAAUAAUUAUGAUAUUAUACUUUGUUGUACUAAUAUGCUGGUGGCGGGGGCGGCGGGGUUCGCAGAGAUUGGUAUAUACUGUGCUGGUCAAAGCACAGGAGCUUCUGUUCGGCAAGAAACUUUUCUUCGAUUGGCAGUUGGGCGAAAACUGGGCACAGGUUAGCAUGGAUAACUUGGAGAAAGAACUUGAGAUGUUGGCGAAAAAUGACAACAACGACGAUGCCGCAAUAGCACCGGAAAAGAAGCCGUAUGUAUACAAACGACAAAUCGUCUGGUUCAACUUGCUUGGGUUUUUGGUUAUUCAUUUGGGCGCCGUGUACGGUCUCUAUUUGUUCCUGACGUCAUCAAUGGUCCUCACCAUGCUGUGGACGAUCAUAGUGGCAGGUGCUAGCGCAUUCUCCGUCACAAUGGGCGCUCACAGAUUGUACACGCACAGAUCAUUCAAAUGUAGCGAACUGAUCAAAGCUAUCCUGGUGUUCGGGCAAACCGUUGCGGGGCAAAACUGUUUGUACGUUUGGAUCAGAGAUCACCGGCAGCAUCACAAGUACAGCGACACCGACGCCGACCCGCACAACGCUACGCGUGGUUUCUUUUUCUCGCACAUCGGAUGGCUGAUGGUUCGCAAGCAUCGUGACGUCAUCGAAAAGGGCAAAACCAUCGACAUGACCGACGUAGAAAUGGAUCCAUACGUCAUGUUUCAAAAAAAGUAUUACAAGAUACUGUUCACGACUUUGGCUAUGUUGAUGCCGAUGCUAGUGCCACACGUCCUGUGGGGAGAAACGUUAUGGAACGGAUUUUUCGUAUGUUUCCUGUUCCGACUGAUGACCGCGCUGAAUUUGACUUGGCUAGUGAAUAGUGCUGCCCAUUUGUAUGGCAACAAACCCUUCACGAGUGAUAUACUGCCGGUGGAAAACAUGUACGUGUCGUUGACCACACUUGGCGAGGGCUGGCACAACUAUCAUCACUCUUUCCCGUGGGAUUACCGGGCCGCCGAGUUCGGACAGUACUUCAACCUGACCACCAUGUUGAUUGACUUCUUAGAAGAGAUGGGUUGGGUGUGGGACAAAAAAUAUGCAACACCGGCCAUGGUGCGCAGCCGGGCGACGAAGCGUGGGGACGGCUCUCAUCACAAGUACGGGCAGUCGAAGGAGGAAAAGGAGGUGAACGCGUUGCAGGACGAAACUUACGAUGAGUUGUUCUGGUUGGAGGACCAAAAGUCAAUGGCCGUGCGACGGGAACAGGUACAACAGGGUUGACCACUGCAACGCAGAAAACGUUUGGGUAUACGUGAUGUCGAUAUAUUAUGACGUGUUUCUCUCUCCUCAUAUCUUUCAAAAUACCUAUACACGAGUAAUGUAUAAUUAGCGAUUAUUAAUAGCGACAGUAGUAAUCACUGUAGCCAAGACUGUAUCUGGGGGGGGGGGUUCAGGGUGUCUGGACCCUCUCGAAAUUUCUUCGAUAUUUUACGAAUGUUUAAAAUAAUAUAUUUUUUUUAAUACCAACAUAAAUAUUUUCAGUCAAAAAUGACUUAAGA